GACAAGUGGGUAUUUCUUCGAUUCGUCUUUCUCAUUCAGGUAUAAAUUGUAUCCAAGUUUAGGCCUAAAAAUCAAAAGUAGGCUAACGAAAAGUGCAGAUUUAUUUUGAAAAAUCUGAACUCAAAAUGGACUCGAGUCAGGUCGUACUUUUGUGCAUUUUUAGCCUCAUUACAUUGAGCAAAAUACGAUUAGCUUCAGGCAAGUUUGAACCUUUAUACCUUGCUAGAAACGAACUAGUCGACAGUGAAUGGUUCGAGCUGACAUUUGACGUAGACGAGGGUGAAAAACCCGGAGACUACGUGGUAAAAGGUAAAGGCAGAGACAUACUUGCAGCAUGCCCAUUAUCCGAAGGUCCCGAACUUUACAAAAUCAUCGAGAAACACGAAAAGGGAAAAAUAUCGAUUCCCAUUGAGAAGAUAUGCGCAGAACCGGUUAAAUCGCGAGUUUAUUUCGCCAUGGAAGUAGAUGGAGCAAACUCUAUCGGAUUUGCGAUUCUACCACAAUUGCCUGAAGAGCAACCAGUAGAAAAAGUAGUAGAAAACGACGCCGACGAGUCCACAGAAGAUAUUUCAAUAUCAGAAGACACGUUCCCCUAUCAUCGGAUAACUGAAUCUGAUGAGGAAGAUUCAGAUGAAGUUCAUCCACCAAAACCUCAAAAACUGAAUGAAACACGUCAAGAACUGGAUGACGAUGCUAUUGAGGAUUUUUCAGAGCAAAAUCAAGAGACACCUGGAGAAGAGAAUGACGAGAACGAUGAGAGCAAUUUGCAACAGCAACAGAAUCAACAGACACCUGGAGAAGAGAAUGACGGAAACGAUGAGAGUAAUUUGCAACAGCAACAGAAAAAACCAAAAUACGAACAAGUUGAACUUAUGGUUUUCAAAUUCGACCACAAAAUUAAACGAAUUAUAUACACGUGGUAUCGUAUCGCUCCUGGAAAACUUCUCAAACCCGAAAUCACUCGCACUGGUAAAGAAAUAUACGACAAGAACGAGUACAUUUAUGGAUUCGACGUUGACGAAAUUUUAUACAAAGAGCCCAGCCCUUUUUUCAAAGUCCAACUAGCCCCAGAAGAAGAUUUCUUUUUCGAAAGCUGGAAGGAAGCUUCCAGGCAAAACAUGUUGACAGCUCCUACAUGGGAAGGACUCCGACCUAUAUGGCAAAACUUGGAGAUAUUUAUACGAAGAGUAACCCAUAUAAUCGAUUACAUAGACGUGAAGACAGGUGUAUCCGGCACACUCCAAGAACGCGGUGAUUACUCGGUGCCCGCAUUAUUUUGGAAAUCAAUUUUCAUCGACUUCGUGUACGGAACUACACGGUACAAGCAAGGAAUUUUAUUCGUAAUGCCCAAUAUCAUCGAUUCAGGUGAAGUAUACGAAAAAAAUGUAAUCUGUCCUGGUGACAGCAAAAUCGUCGCGGAAACAGGGUGGCCUAGAUUAGUUGGUGUCAAGGGCAGUACUUCGAUGCAAGUUUGCUUGUCGAAUGCGAAAAACAUGCAAUCUCUUAUAGAUGAUGAACACGAAGAUUACGCGCCUUUGAAUUUAAAAGAAGUGCCGGUAAAACGUGUCGAUGAUCUAGGUAAAGAAACUAUGGUAACAAUAAAUGUGCUUGAAAUACUCAAAAAAAUGGGUUCUUUGAAAGUGAAUUCAUUUGGUGUGGCAAUACCAUCAAGCGAUGAAGAAGAUGAAGAAUUACCUGUUACAGUAGUUGAAUCAGAAGUACCUGCCUAAUUCAAAUAGGCAGGUAGCUGAUGUAAUAUGAAUUUAUAUUAUUUAUUCUCAAUUGAAUUUUCUUUUUUCUGUCCCACUAUAGAUAGUCCCUUAGUAAUAAUUUAUUGUAACUGACUAAUAUCUAAGCAUUAAGCUGAAAAUAAACGCAAUAAGCAUUCUCA